AAAAAUGAAAAUAUUUUGUUGAACCUUUUUUUUCUUUAGUUUUUACAAAAAAAAUUGCUUUAGAAAAUUGCUUUUCGGGUAUGAGUAAUUGGUAUGGUUAUGGGUAUGAGUCUUUUUAAUUAAUUAGGAGAUAUUUAAAAUUGGUCAACAUGACGAUGACAUGUGUCCCUCCGUUUAAAUGAGGGGUAUAUUUGAAUACAAAGUAUAGCGGCAUGGGUAUAUUUGGACUCAUAGUAUAAUGAAUGGUAUAUUUAAACCUUUUUCGAAAGUACAUGGGUAUAUUUGAUCCUUUUCCAAUUUAAAAAUCUGAUAUUUAAAAAUCCUUUUUAUUGUCAAAAAAUUGUUAUUGGAGGAAUCAAAAGUGAAAUUACAUAUCGAAUUAGAACUUCAUAUAAUUGAGGGACUAAAACAUUAUUAUACAAAAUUAAAUAUUAUAGCCAGCAUUGUCGCCUUGCUAUGCGGGAGCGGGCUGCUACGCCAAAUGGUCACCAUAUUUUAAAUCUUCUGCAAAUCCUUUUAAUUCAUCAUCUUUAACCAUAGUCAUAACAGAUUUAUUCCUAGCUAACCGAUCAUUCAUUCUUCCAAAGUUUGAUGCACUAAUGAUGGGACCAAAAAUCCAUAUAGUUUCAAGAAAAUUAAUAAAACCUUCAAAUCCAACUCCAAAGCAUCUUCAAAGCUUCAAGUUAUCUUUAUUUGAUCAACUUGCUCCUUCAUAUCAUAUCAAGAUCAUUCUCUAUUAUAACAACAUUGGAGAAAACAAAGCUGCUAAUAAUUCUCAAUUACUUACACAAUUGGAGGAACCAUUGGCCCACACUUUAUCCAAGUUUUACCCACUAGCUGGUAGACUUGUCAAAGAUCAAGAACAUCUCUUUAUUGAUUGCAGCGACCAAGGUGUUGAAUAUUUAGAAGCUAAAGUUGAUGGGACACUAGCUGAGUUGCUUCGUCAAGGACUUGAUGUUGAAAAUUUGGAUCAACUUUUACCACAAGAAGUUGGUCCAGCUGACUCUGCCACUAGUCCAUUAGUGACUAUCCAAACUACUUUAUUUUAUUGCGGAGGACUUGCUAUUGGGGUGUGCGUUUCCCACAAAGUUGCAGAUACUUCCACAGUCCUUUCAUUCAUCAAUGGAUGGGCCAAAGCAAAUCAAGGAGAGAAUAUCAAUAAGUGGAUUUCAGGUUGUCAAGUCAAUCCUUAUGGCCAAGUUGGAGAUUCAAAUUCAGACAAGGAAAACGUACUACUCCACUACUUCUACUUGCCGAGCAGUGAAUGGAACAGCGCAGAAAACACUGAAAGAUAUGAUAAGCUGCAAAAAUCUUUGGCUGAGACCUUAGCCAAGUUUUACCCUCUAGCAGGAAGAUUUAGAAAAGAUGACCUCUCAAUUCACUGCAAUGAUGAAGGUGUUGAAUAUGUUGAAACCAAAGUCAAUGCGAUUCUUCCAUGGUUGAGCUUUUGGACGAUCUUCUUCCGAAAACAGAUCUGCCAUCAAGUCCAUUACUUGGAGUACAAGUGAACAUAUUCAAUUGUGGAGGCCUAGUCAUUGGAAUACAAAUUUCUCACAUCGUAGCAGAUGCUUUCACGUUAGCAACAUUUGUCACGUAAUGGGCACACAUUAGCCAAACAGGAACGACAAAGGGCUGUCUCUCAAGCUUCGGUCACUUGCAAUCGCUCUUUCCCACAAGAGUGCUAUCAGUACCUCAGCCUUCACCACCUUCCAACAGAGGCGCUAAGAUUGCCAGAGGAAGGUUUGUGUUUAAUGCUUUAGCAAUAGCAAAGCUGAAAGACAAAAUUGGCUCAAGUGCCACAUUCACAAAACCUACUCGAGUGGUGGUGGUUAUGUCGUUAAUAUGGAAUUCUAGUGGGCAUUUCCACAUCCAAACAUGGACAAUCAAGGGACUCUACUUUAUUCUUUCCCAUAAAUUUGAGGGGAAAAUCAAAGAUAACAUCUACAGAACAUGCUCUAGGGAAUUUCUUGAUGUCUGGAAUUGCUACUCUCGAGGCUAACAAAUCAAGAACAGAGUUGAAUGAUUUUGUUAACUUGGUAGGAAAUGCAUCAAGGAACACAUCUGUAGGCAUUGGUAAGGCAAGCAUCGAUGAUAUUACCUCUAUGGUUGUUAAAAAUAACACAGAAUUUUCAAACAAGUUUGGUCAGAAAGACAAAAUGGACAUUUAUGCUAUGACUAGUUGGUGCAGAUUCCCCUGGUAUGAAGCCGACUUUGGCUGGGGAAAGCCAUUCUGAGUGAGCUCUGUGGAUCGAU